GCGGUGAGCAGCGGCGAGGCCCCGCCCCGCUCCGGUAUAAAGCGCGGCGAGACGCAACGGGCACCGGGAGACGCGACGCCACGGUGCCACAAUGCCCCUGUCUCAGAGCAGGGCUGCGCAGAUGCCAUGCAGCAGCAAGGUGUGCAGGAACCUCUUUGGCCCUGUGGACCACCAGCAGCUCCAGAAUGACUUUGAGGACCUGUUGAGGCAACAACUGGAAGAAGCUCAGCAGCGCUGGAACUUCAACUUUGAGACAGAGACUCCCUUGGAAGGACACUUCAAGUGGGAGAGGGUCUUCCUGGCUGAGCAGCCACGCCAGGAGGUCGACAGCCUGGUCAAGGCCACCAGCAGUGAGAGCAGGAGUUCCUUGGUCCACAAGGUCCCCCCCAAGGACCAUCUUGGCAGGAUUUGCUCGGAGGGGUCUCAGCAGAACUCGGAGGUUUACAGGGCUGGUUCCCCGCAGAGCUUGAAACGUGGGCAGACCACCAUCAAAGACUUCUACAGCUCCAAGCGGAGGAUUGUCCCUGACAAGCCCAAGCCUGACAAGCCCAAGCUGUGACAUGGUGGCGUUCGGCUCCUCUGCCAUCGGGGACAGCUGCUGAUGCUGAUGUGCCCUGGGGGUGUCCAUGGCUCUUUUCCCCCACCCUGUACUGUGUAAGCUGUCUGUAUGAAGCAAUGUAGAGUCUGUAGUUUCGUAUUUAUGAGUAGCUCUGGGGUCCUGAGGGACCUUCACUGUGUGCAAUGUAUAGGAGUAGCCCACGUUGAGGCUUAUAGCCCCACGGAGGGGAUGGAGGAGGACUGAAAUGGGCCUGGUGGGACUAAGGCAUUGCCCUGCCUGCAGAGAAGAAAGAAUGCGUCCUCUGCCCUGUGGUGGUGGGGUCAAGCAUCACCCUUGCGCCAUCCUGCUGUGGUCCUUCCCCUGCCCGAUGGCUGGCCGUGGAGGACACUUGUGUCCCAGCCACCUGGUGGCACCAGAUAUCCUUAAGAAAGGGUCACUGAUAUGGAUUGUAGAGCCCUGGGACAGCCUGGCCCUGAGGACACACCGGUUGCUGGCACAUGCUGGUGGCCCUCUUCCCAGCAGGAUGGACCCAGUGGUGACAAGCCCUUGUCCAUGCAUGGAAGCAGAGUGACACGGGGGCUGCUCCUUCCCAUGGCUGCUUGGGAGAGGAAACGCUGUUUCCCGGACAGCCCUUCCUUGGGGUGACUCACCGGUGCUGUCACCCAUCAGAGAUGGGUUGCAGAUGGUGACAAACCCGUUGGAGGUCCCCAGUGCUGAGCUCAUUGUGGGACCAAUGCUGCCUGGGAGGCUUUGGGGUCCCCUGGACUCUGCUGACCUAAAACCCCACUUUCUUACCUGGUUGGCUUGUUGAGUGGUGCUGUUUGCCCCCAUGUUCCUGCCUCCUUCAACACUGACACCAGGCUGGGGAGCUGCCUGCUCUGGCUCUGUUGGACUGCUCUAGGGAAGGAAUCCUGCUCACCAGCAAGGAUGACACUGAAAGAUGAAAUCGUAGCUUUUUUUUUUUCCUGGACUUUUUCCCCUUUGGGGCUGGGGGGGGAGAGGACCCUCACUUGGCUCUGCAGAGCAAGCGGCUUCGGUCACCUCUGGGACCAAAGGAUGUUCCAGAGCAAAGGCUGCUUGGUCCCAGCUCUGAAGGAUGAGUCUCUGCUCUUGAGGGACUCGAUGCUGUCAGGUCUCAGCACUUUCAUGGGGUUCAUCUCCUGCUCUGCUGGAUUUGGACUCUGGAAACCGGUGCAAGAUGGUCCCAGGCAGAAAAGGGAUGGGGUCAACCUCCCGCCUUGCACCACGAUGCACUUUGCUGUCAGUGAAGCUGGCAAGCUCCCAGCACUAAAUGUUUAUUUAUAAAAAAAAAAAUGCUAUUAAGUCUAUGUGGGGGGAAGGGGAAGGGGAAAUACCUGAUUGUCUGUAAAUGUUAACUCUGAAUAAACACUUGUCUUGUGUAAGGGAA